GCUGCUCCUGCUUCUCUCGCUGCAUCUCUUCACGUCGGGGGUGUGCAGACCGGGCUCCCGAUGAGACCGGUCCUGAGCCGAUGGAGCCCGGAGCCAUGUCGGGAGGAGAAGGUCCAGAGGCAUGAAUGAGCGCAACGAGGCGUUAGAAAGACCUCGUCAUCCUUUCCCAGGUCCCGCCUGACGUUCGAAGGACAUGGAGGUGGACAACGCCAGCGCCCCCUUCCUCGCCGACCUUCCCCUCAACGAGUCGCUACUCAACUGCACCAACGCCACGGGGGCAGACGGCUCGUGGGGGCCCGGCGCGGCGGGCGUGCUCAUCCCGCUCAUCUACGUGAUCGUGUGCGCAAUCGGCCUGGGCGGGAACACGCUGGUCAUCCACAUCGUGCUGCAUUACUCCAAGAUGGAGUCGGUGACCAACAUCUACAUCCUCAACUUGGCCAUCGCCGACGAGCUCUUCAUGCUGGGUCUGCCCUUCCUGGCCGUCCAGAACACGCUCCAGUCGUGGCCCUUCGGCUCCUUCAUGUGCCGCCUGGUGAUGACGGUGGACUCCAUCAACCAGUUCACCAGCAUCUUCUGCCUGACCGUCAUGAGCGUGGACCGCUACCUGGCCGUCAACCAGCCCAUCCGCUCGGCCAAGUGGCGACGCCCUCGGCUGGCCAAAGCGGUGAACGGCACCGUGUGGGCGCUGUCCUUCCUGGUGGUGCUGCCCGUGGUGGUCUUCGCCAACGUCCAGAAGGCGGGCGGCACCUGCAACAUCGUGUGGCCUCAGCCGGCCAACGUGUGGAGGGCGGCCUUCAUCAUCUACACGUCCAGCGUGGGCUUCCUGUGCCCCCUCCUCAUCAUCUGCCUCUGCUACAUCCUCAUCGUCUUCAAGAUCCGCAGCUCGGCGAGGAAGGUGCACGCCGCCUCCACCAAGCGCAGGAAGUCGGAGAGAAAGGUGACGCGCAUGGUGGUCAUCGUGGUGGCCGUCUUCGUCUUCUGCUGGCUGCCUUUCUACGCGCUCAACGUGGUCAACCUGCUGGUGGCGCUGCCCUCCGACUACCAGGGCCUCUACUACUUCGUGGUGGUGCUCGGCUACGCCAACAGCUGCGCCAACCCCUUCGUCUACGGAUUCCUGUCCGACAACUUCAAGAGGGGCUUCCGGAAAGCCCUCUGUCGCACCAGCAGGAAGGUGGAGGACCGCCGGCUGGAGCAGCGCCAGCGGGCGCAGGAAGAGGGCAGGAGGGCGCUGGUGCCGCGUGAGAGCCUGGGGCGGGGUCUCGACGACGACGUGGACGACGCCUCGGAAAUGACACAGGCCUACGCAGUCGGCCAGAAUGGAAACCCCGACUGUCCGUCGCAGAGUCUGCAGCCUUUGUUGACUGACAAAGAGGUGACGGGGGUGACCCCCCCGGAGCCGGCCUGCAGGGCGCCAUUACCGCCACCUUCGCUCGCAAAAGACACCACAAACGGGAGCGUGAAAACGCUGGCGGAGGACAGCAGGGAACAGAGCGCCGCUUUGGAAAUAAGUUACUUGCACUCUUCGGUGAUGCCAAAGAGCUAAUGUUGCUAACACCCAUAACAUCGCUAAUCACGCUAAUCACGCUAGUCGAGCCAAAAGCACAAUGAAAGACACCCUUCCUUUUCCGUGUCAAUGUUCCCCCUGACCACAGAAUAAGUACACUCCAUGUUGACAUCGUGCACACAUCGUGUGGCCUUGUUCACACAUUUCCCAUCGCUGAGCUUUGGAGGCUGCUCCAGAUGCUAUGCUAGCUAGCGCCAAUUUGGAAAGCUGAGAUUUGGUGUCAUUAAAGUCACAUUCCAACUGCUGA